AUGGCGCCUGCCGACGCGGAUACCCACCCUCUCGUUCGCAAUGCUCUCCGCAUCACCAUCAGCGCCAAGGAAUACAAACGUCUCCACGAAUACAUCAUCCAGCGCGCACCGCCCUCCAUCCAGAACAAGGCCCCCUCGCCAGCUCGAUACGAGGCCCUCGUCCGAUCAAAAAACAAGCACAAUGAAGCCGCACUGCGGGCCUCGCUGCGCGUCUUCCUGGUCUCCGGCGGCCUGUUGAAGCUCGUCGACCUGAUCGUCCGUCGGAUCCAGGCCGAUUUGUCCAGAAAGAAACCUCGUUCCUCCCUCCUCCGCUCCCCCAACUUCCGCCUCUCCCUCUCCCUCUCCCUCGUCGUUCUCCUCCACCGGUUCCUCCACCGGUUCUUCGUCCGGCUCCGCGCGAACCUGCGCACAGAUGACGCGGCUCCCUUCCGCGAGCGCAACCCGCGCGUCUCCAGGGCGCUGACGUCGCGGUAUGCGCCCGCCGUCGGGGCGAGCUUGGCCGGCUUUGCGCUGGGGAUCUGUCCGCAGACGCAGCUGAGGAUCACGGCGGCGAUCUAUGCGGGGACGCGGACGCUGGAGUUCGUGUUCAAUGCGCUGGAUGAGAAGGGGUGUUUUGAGGAUCGGCCCUGGUGGUUCGGGAGUUGGUUGUUGAUGCCGCUGUCGUGCGCGCAGCUGUUCCAUGCGUUUGUGUUUGAUCGCGACGCCGUGCCGAAGUGGUUUGGGAAUACUAUCUUCAGACUGUCACCGAGCUAUGUGCGCAAUCGACCGGAUACACUGCCGAUCGAGUUUCCAUGGCCUGGCAAGGAAGAUGUCAUUGACUCGCUGGCAAAUAUCGCCAACCUGCGGUGGCCAGCCUUCAUUUCUCCUAUCCUGCAUCCUACCGACCCAAACACUCUGCCCUCGGCAGUCAAGGCUUUAUCACCCAUCACUGGACCCGCGCACCCAUCCAUCUCAAGUCUAUCAUGUGCUUUGCUCCAUCCAAGCAGCCCCAGCUGUGGCACAGCAUUCCUGCAUCACAUCCUACUCUCCGUGCCCCCUCUUGCUCGGUUCCUGACAACCGUGAUGCUGGCCCUGUCGGUGGUCAAAUUCAAGGCAUUCCUGUCCCAGCCACUUUCGACCGUGAACAACCUGUCGAAGAAGAUCAUCAAGCUGACAGCCGUGCUGUCCGCCGCCGCCGGGUCCGCUUGGGGUACCAUUUGUCUCUGGAAUGCCGUUUUACCGCGCUCUGUCCUGCCAACCAAGCGCUUUUUCCUCAGCGGUGCUAUCGCAGGCAUGCCAUUUGCUUUCCUCGGCAACAGCCGUAACAUCUUCAUGUACUUCUUCCGCGCAGCAAUCCGUUCGGCAUGGGAUGUGGGCAUAAAGCGGGGACUGUGGAAAGGAUGGAAAGGCGGAGACUUGUGGAUCAUUGUCUUCGCCUGGGCAGUCAUGGGCUCCUUGCUGGAAAGCAGGCCGUCUUCUGUCCAGGGCAAAGGUGUCAGAAAAGCAUUGGCCUGGAUGCGGGGAGAUGGUUUCGUCGACCCGGUUGAGGUUGCGGCGAAAAAGAAGGCCAAAAAGGUAUCUGCGCGAAAGCAGGCUGUUGAAGAAUCCUGA